AAGCGUUUAAAUGUGAAAUAAUAAAGAUUUGUAGAUGUAAACUAACAUACGUGGCUAUGAUGGUCCAGCAUGCAACGUAAACAGUGAGUCUUAUUGUUGAAAGUGGUGGAUUUGAGAAACAGUUUGUACCCAGAGGUGAGCAAUGUUUGAAAAGACUUUAAUGAGGUUGAUUUCAACAUUACCCAACUUCGCGGUGAAAAACAACUUGAAACUCUGUGGGGGUGGGUUUAUUUUCUUGAUAUGUUCACUAGUUUGUAACCGCCCUUUAACGCAUCACUCCUCAAGCCCUUCCUCUUUGAACUCUUCGGAGUUUCCAAGUUUUCAACUCUCGAAAUUUAAUCUGUGUAAUUUCCAGGAUAUCUCAACGACCUCAUACGUGACGGGAACAUCGUCCAGCAAGCGCAGAGCACUUUCACUGACAAUAUGUGGCUGCCGUGCGGUUGCACUUCCAAGUACGUCGCUUCUUCUUUCGCUCGUCGGACUCUUGCUUCUUAUCUCCAUGUUUCGGGUCGAAGUCGGUGCAACGUCGCGGCGUUCAUGCCGGAGGCUGCGGGCUUAGAGGGGGUGUCGGGCCGCGCGGCGCUGCGGGAGUUGUCCGUCUCCAACAGUGAGAGCUUCUGGGCCGCUGUGGCGCGCCACAGGCUCUGCUGGAGCACUCCUUUCCACACCGUGCAGGACUGUGACCUAAGCCGAGGCAAGAUCAAGUGGUUCGAGGGAGGAAAGCUGAAUGUGUCCGUGAACUGCUUGGACCGCCAUGUGCACACCUGUCCUGAGAGGGUGGCUCUGAUCUGGGAGAGAGAUGAAAGGGGGUCAGAGAUGAAGUACACGUACGGAGAGUUGCUGGAGAUGACCUGUCGACUGGGCAACCUGUUAAGGCGGCAUGGUGUGAAGAGGGGGGACUGCGUCACCAUCUACAUGCCUACCUGCCCGCUGGCCGUGGCGUCCAUGUUGGCCUGUGCCCGCAUUGGUGCGGCCCACAACGUGGUGUUUGCGGGCUUCAGCGCAGAUGCCCUGGCAGAGCGAAUCAGGGAUGCUCAGUCCAGCACAGUCAUCACGGUGAACCAGGGGGUCAGGGGUGGUAAGGUCACAGAGCUGAAAAAAACCGUGGACACAGCAAUGCAGAGCUGUCCGACAGUAAAGCAGGUUUUUGUUGCAAUGAGAACAGACAAUCCGGUCACCAUGACGGCCAGGGACAUUGCCAUGGAGGAGGAGAUGCUAAAGGAAGAUGUUGUGUGUGAGCCAGCUGUCAUGAACAGCGAGGACGUCCUGUUCCUCCUUUACACAUCUGGCAGCACAGGGAAGCCCAAAGGUCUUGUCCACACGCAGGCUGGAUACCUUCUGUAUGCUGCGCUCACACACAGGUAUGUCUUCAGCUACCACGAUGGUGAUGUAUUUGGCUGUGUGGCGGAUAUUGGCUGGAUAACGGGACACAGUUAUGUGGUCUAUGGGCCGCUGGCCAACGGGGCAACCACUGUGCUGUUUGAGAGCACUCCUAUUUACCCAGACCCAGGAAGAUACUGGGACAUGGUUGAGAGACUCAAGAUCAACCAGUUUUAUGGGGCCCCCACAGCAAUCCGCCUGCUGCUCAAGUAUGGAGAUCAGUGGGUGAACAAGUACGACCGCUCCACCCUCAAAACCCUCGGGUCUGUGGGCGAGCCGAUCAACACCGAAGCAUGGGAGUGGUACCACAGAGUGGUCGGGGACGGACGCUGUCCUGUGGUGGACACCUGGUGGCAGACCGAGACGGGUGGCAUCUGCAUCGCACCAAGGCCAUCAGACCCAGACGCAGAGAUUGUCCCAGGAAUGGCUAUGCGACCCUUUUUUGGCAUUAACCCGGUGCUUAUGGACACUGAGGGCGAAGUGCUGACUUCCAACAACACAUCCGGAGCCCUGUGUAUGGCUCAACCUUGGCCUGGUAUGGCCAGAACCAUUCAUAACAACCACCAGAGAUUUAUUGACACGUACUUCCAGCCUUAUCCUGGUUACUUCUUUACUGGUGACGGUGCCUAUCGGUCUGAGGAGGGGUACUACCAGAUCACCGGCCGCCUUGAUGAUGUCAUUAACGUGAGCGGUCACAGGAUAGGGACAGCAGAGAUAGAGGACGUAGUGAAUCAGUGUCCUGCAGUGGCUGAAUCUGCUGUCGUAGGGUAUACACACAGCAUCAAAGGACAAGGUGUCUACGCCUUUGUGGUGCUUAAAAAAGGCAUCGAUGUACAAGAGGCAGACUUGUCGAGGCAGCUAAACGGCAUGGUAUCUGAAAAGAUCGCCAAGUACGCUUCUCCGGAUUUCAUCCAGUUUGCCAAGCGUCUGCCAAAAACCCGCUCGGGUAAGAUAAUGCGACGGGUGCUGCGUAAAGUUGUGGAGAGCGACUUGGAGGGUUUGGGCGACCUGAGUACUCUGGAUGAUCCUGCAGCAGUUCAGGAGAUCAUUCAAGGUCACGAGAAACUCUUGAGUAAAAAUCGAUCAUAAGGUGUUUUCUGAAGGAGAGAAGAGUGCACAAGGCAAGCUUGCAUGUUGCACUCCAUUUUCAUGAACCAGACCUGUGCCUUUGUAUGAACACAUAUUUUUAAUAGCCAGAUCAUUCCGAUAGGCUCUUUUAAAAUCUGUCUACACUCUCCAGAUAAACCAGACCCACAAAACCUUUAAAAAGUUCCCACCUAACCUCCCAGAACUUUUUACAAAAUAAUGUUAUUUCAUGAAGCCAGAUGAAAUUUCAAUUUUUGGACUAUUUUACAAGUUCUAUCCCCUUUUAGAAAGGGAAACAUGGAAUUUUCAGGGUUGGAAAAACAAAUGUCAAUGUCAAAUUUGACAAUCUAACCCUCUGAAUCCUAUCCUGGCCACUUGUGGCCACGAACAAGCUGAAAGGGUGGUGAUUUUGAACAGAUUCAGAGGGCUAAAAACUGCAAACGAAUUAAUUUUACACAAAAAUUCAAACUCUAAAUCCAAAAUCUUGUUUUUGUUCAGCACAAUUUUCUAACCUUGAGCUUCAAUGUCACAAGAGGUGGUAUAGUCAGAGAAAAAAAUUGCACCAAAUUAUUGUCUAUGACACAAUAACGGGAAAAAAAGCAUUGCUUGGUGAUAAUUCGCUACAGAGAAACUCAAAAUGUGCACUUGAAAGAAUUUACUACAUAUGAGAGGUCUCUUUUUAGCCUACAUUUUGAUAGGAUGAUUUUUCUAUCAGUGAUUCUUAGGGUCAAAACUAAUUUUCUAUUGUUUCAAAUUUCAUAUAUCAGGUAGGAGAUGGCAUUUUUGAGCCAUCACAUGCCGGAAGAAAUAAUGUGAAUUAAAAAGCACAAAAUGUUGAUGUACUUCAAGCUGGGAUCAUAGUAUGAAGGCAUAAUUUUGUUUGCCUUCAUCAAAUAUACCAAUUUUCAUGUGAGCAGACAUACCGACAUUUCUUAGAAGGAAUUAAAAAGAAUAUUGUGUGAAAGUCUGUUUAUUACACAGUAAUAACGUUUUCCCAUUGGAAAUGUUGUACACUAAGCUACUGUAAAGUCACAUAAAUGCAUUAAAGAUUUACAGAGUU